AUGGAACUGAGUGAAUUACAACGACUAGUGGCUGCAUUUUACGAGCAGCAAAUGCGCUACACCUUCACAGCAUCUCAACACCCAUCAAACCCCGAUGUGUACCGCUUUGUGUUCUCUCGACCCACAAACGCCACACCAGAGUCACCUGUGUACAUCACUGCUGAUAUUUCGCGUGCCCCUGAGCAGGAUGACGACCAGGCAGUCCUCUACUGUGCAAUGAUUGAAGGGUUGAACUGGCCAUACUACUUUAGACUACGUGAUGGGGUAGUGGAUGAUGGGGGUUUCUCUGAAAGUCUGCUAGAGAAAGUGGAUAUGCAGAAAUGUAAAGUAAAUGAGCGUUGUCUUUGGAAGUAA